UGCUAUAGAUUGAACCCGUCAUUGUAUCAACUGUCAACGCUGGAGAGACAAACGUUAUGGACACGGAGGACAUUUUGAAGGGUUUUGCAGAUAGCGGAAAGGAAGGGAAUUCGGUUGAACUCGAGACUAGUGGAGCGGGAGGGAACACCACAGACUGUGCACGAGUGUUUGCCACAAUAUAUGCACAGACUGCAGAUAUGGUGGUUGAUGAUCAUGACACACAGAAUAAUGCAGGAUGGAGCAAUUGUGAGACAGAGAAGGUUGGGGAAGACAGAGAGGAGGGAGGUGUGGGAAGCAGGGAAUCUCCCACGAGGUGUAUUGUCAGAGACGAACAUGUAAUGAGGACAUCAGCAGGAGAACAAUACCCAUAUGACAUUUAUUGGGUGUUGGGUCGUGUUCAGCCGGGUAUUGUUGAAGGCGCACCAUGCUUUGCAUUCAAUGUCGAUGGCACGUGGGUUCCUCACCCUGCCCCCAUGAAGAGUACAUGGCGAAACAUAACUCUGUCAUUCGUGUAUGAAAGGUUAUUCAGGUUGAACGAUGGGGCAACGACACAGAAGAAAGUACAUUGUGGAUUACAAAUGUGGCGUGUUCUGGAGGCACAGGGCGAGUUCCGCAUGAAAGAUUUUUUGUAUGACAAUGUUGAUUGCGGACAGCCAUGGGUGAUUGGUGACAACCAAGCGAAGAGGAGUAUGGCGUGGCAAGAGAGUGAGGCAAGAAAGGAUCAUCGAUGGGGUUGGGUACCAUCUGCGAUCCCAUUUCCAUAUGGCCGUGAGAGGAUGAUGAUGCGUGACGCGAUGGGAAAUGUCUGGAACACACAUUAUGUGAAUGACAACUUCUCCUUCAGGCAUCUGGACAGAGAGGUCACAGUCGAGGAGAAGGAGGCAAUGUCAUCUCGUCCCCACACUGCUGGCUGCUUCGUGCAGGCUGCUCUUGCAGAGGUGAUGAAGUAUGCAAAGGAGGGCGUUCACUACGACAAUGACAGCGAGUUGUCUUUGCUUGAGGACAAGCUGCCGAGGUGCUUCAUUGUCAGUGUGGAUAUGAGAUCCACGAUGAUGGCAAACGACGAGGGGUGUGUCAAAGCACAAACAAUGUUGCAACGCUUCAGAGAGUCACCACAUUUACGUGUGGAUAGCGACGUGGAAGACAGUGCAUAUAAUCUGAAAGGAGUAGUUCAGUGGAUGUGCAGCGAAGGGAUGUGCGAAGAAGGGGACAUGGACAUGACAAUGGUGCAGAAAGGGGGGAGAUAUACACCUAUGGAUUUCAAGAAGGUGCUGGGCACUUCCGCUAAGAAUUCGGAGAUGGUUGUUGAUGGGUCGAAGGACGAGUUGAAGACCGGUGCAGCGAAAAUUUUGGUGUUGUCCAGGAUGAAGGACAUAACCCAAACACCUCCAUUCGACUUUCAAGAUAUUCCUGUCAUAGUCGCAGAUGGUGUCACAUAUGUUCUGUUGGAUCAACUUGUGGACUUAAUGCAAAAGAGUCCCGAGGACAGGAACGUCAUCCAUGAGGCUUUGCAUGAAGUCACAAAGUUGGCACUGCAGGGUGAAGAGCUAAUUGAAUAUAUGCCGAUAAGAAAGGAAGACAAUAUGAUAUGUGGCACACCGUUGUGGGAAGGAAAUGCAAAAGAAAAAGAUGAAGAAGAGGAUGACGGGGCAUCAUCUUCUGACGUGGAAGUGAGUGUCAGCGAUGUCAGCAGCGACGAGAAAGGAGAGGAACGUGAUGUGUACUAUGAUUUGAAGGGGGCGGGUGAACAGGUGACAAAAGAGUGGGCACAUGCAAUUCUGAGGUUGGCACGUGCUUUUCCCGAUCCGCAAAAAGUGUUGCGUGUUGUGAUGAAAGGGGCAAUACCUGAUGUCGCGCUGCAGUAUGCCGCAGUGACCAGCAUUAUGAAAUCAUGUACCAGGGGGAAAAAGUGGUCACGUCUUGGCAAGGGAUGGUUUGUUCUGGUGAACAGAAAGGCUGUGCUAGCAACAUCACUGACAUGGGGAGUCAACCUCAGUUGCCUCAUCCAUGACGCACUGGCGAUUGCGUGUGGAGAGACAUUCCAUCCCGGCUUGUCAACAGGAGACGCAAUAAUUUCGAAGCUGAAAGAACGCAACGAAACACCCCCAGUAACUCCCGUCGGGAGUCCCGUCGGGAGGAACCGAGUGAGCGGCAUUGAGAACCGUCCACCAAAAGCGCGAGAGAAGAGGUCGCGAGAAGAGAGAACACCGAAGCAAUACCACAGGACGAAGAAGAGAAUCACAUACAAAAAGGACAAAAUAGUGGAGAUGGUCGAUCUCAGAGGCUCGGACGAUUUGCACAGCGCGGUCGGAGAGGAAGCAGAAGACGAAGACGAGCAGUCCAUAUCAGAAAAGACGGACGGAGAGGAAGACGAGGCAAUGAGCGACGAGGGAAGUGACAGUGAAACUUUUGAUGGAGAUUCUCAUGAUGCUGACGAGACCGAUGACGAGGAAGAGAGGAACAGCGACGACACACCGCAAGAUGAGGACGACGAAGAGGCAGAUGGAGACGGGAGGGGCGCGGAGGAGAGAGAGAUUUCACCAUCUGUGGAAAGAACGCGAUGCACAAGCGAACGAUUGUAGAACAAGGAGAGAGACGUAUGCGACACGCCCCCGAAC